UGCUGCCAUUGUAACCUUCACAUAAAUAAAAAGAAGAUACAGCACCCAGCUGCCUCUCAUGCAGAGCCCUUUGAGUCCCGGACAUAGCCCACCAGCUGCUCCAGGGGCAUCACUGAGGAACAUGAAGUCCAUCCCUGAGGAACCGGCCCAGGCAGACCACAGUGGAGCACCAGAGUUCUGUGCAGAUGACAGUGCCUCUGCUGCAAGCAGUAUGGAGGUAACAGAUCGUAUUGCCUCUCUGGAGCAACGUGUUCAGAUGCAGGAAGAUGACAUCCAGCUGCUCAAGUCUGCCCUUGCUGAUGUGGUUCGACGCUUGAAUAUUACAGAGGAACAGCAGGCCAUGCAGAACAAGAAAGGACCUACCAAAGCAAGACCGCUGGUGCAAACCCUGCCUUUAAGGACUACUGUUAAUAACGGAACUGUGUUACCAAAGAAACCAAGUGGCUCUUUACCUUCCCCAUCAGGAACCAGAAAGGAAACUGUAUCACCAGCAGCAAAAAGCAGGUCUGUGAAUCUUCUCAAUGCAUGCAAACUGAAAAAGCCUGCUCUAAGCACCAUUAAGAGAACCAGUUCAGCUGAGCGUGUGUCCCCAGGUGGUCGAAGGGAAAGCUAUGGAGAUUCCAAAGGGAGUCGCAACCGAACUGGAUCCACCAGCAGUUCAUCUAGUGGUAAAAAGAAUAGUGAAAGCAAACCCAAGGAGCCAAUGUUCAGUGCAGAGGAAGGAUACGUUAAAAUGUUUCUUCGUGGACGUCCUGUUACCAUGUACAUGCCCAAAGAGCAAGUGGAAUCUUAUAAUUUGGAAGCGAAAGUAGAGCUACCAGCCAAGAGACUUAAACUGGAAUGGGUCUAUGGAUAUAGGGGUCGAGACUGCCGCAGUAAUCUCUAUCUUCUUCCAACGGGCGAAACUGUGUAUUUCAUUGCAUCUGUAGUUGUGUUAUUCAAUGUUGAAGAGCAACUUCAGAGACAUUACACUGGUCAUAAUGAUGAUGUGAAGUGCCUGGCUGUCCAUCCUGAUAGGAUCACUAUAGCAACAGGUCAAGUUGCAGGGACAUCCAAGGAUGGAAAACAAUUGCCACCACAUGUACGUGUCUGGGAUUCUGUAACUCUGAAUACACUGCAUGUCAUUGGAAUGGGAUUUUUUGACCGAGCCGUCACUUGCAUUGCUUUUUCUAAAUCUAAUGGAGGAAGUAGCCUGUGCUCUGUGGAUGACUCAAAUGACCACGUGCUCUCCGUGUGGGACUGGCAGAAAGAAGAAAGGCUGGCAGAUGUCAAGUGCUCUAAUGAGGCUGUAUUUGCUGCAGAUUUUCACCCUACUGAUACAAAUAUAAUAGUUACAUGUGGAAAAUCACACCUUUAUUUCUGGACACUGGAAGGGAAUUCCCUUAUUAAAAAGCAAGGAUUAUUUGAGAAACAAGAGAAGCCAAAGUUUGUCCUGUGUGUGACCUUUUCUGAAAAUGGUGAUACUAUUACAGGAGACUCAAGCGGAAACAUUUUGGUUUGGGGGAAAGGUACCAAUAGAAUAAGCCAUGCAGUUCAAGGGGCACAUGAGGGUGGAAUAUUUGCACUCUGUAUGCUGCGUGAUGGCACAUUAGUAUCAGGAGGUGGAAAAGACCGAAAGCUGAUAUCUUGGAAUGGAAAUUACCAAAAACUUCACAAAACUGAGAUUCCAGAGCAGUUUGGUCCAAUAAGAACAGUAGCAGAGGGAAAAGGGGAUGUUGUAUUAAUAGGAACCACCAGAAACUUUGUCCUACAGGGCACGCUGUCGGGAGAUUUUUUCCCAAUUACCCAGGGUCACACUGAUGAGCUUUGGGGACUUGCAGUCCAUUCCUCUAAACCUCAGUUCUUUACUUGUGGACAUGACAAACACAUUACCCUCUGGGAUGCUACCACUCAUCGUCCCAUCUGGAACAAGAUUAUAGAGGAUCCAGCACAGUCUUCCGGUUUUCAUCCUUCAGCAUCUGUUGUUGCAGUAGGGACGCUGACUGGCAGGUGGUUUGUAUUUGACACAGAAACAAAAGACUUGGUCACUGUACACACAGAUGGAAAUGAACAGCUGUCUGUAAUGCGUUACUCACCAGAUGGAAACUUCUUGGCAAUAGGUUCCCAUGACAACUGUAUUUAUAUAUAUGGUGUAAGUGAAAAUGGAAGAAAGUACACUAGAAUUGGCAAAUGUUCGGGUCAUUCCAGCUUCAUUACUCAUCUAGAUUGGUCUGUUAAUUCACAAUAUCUUGUGUCUAAUUCAGGAGACUAUGAAAUCUUAUACUGGAUCCCCUCUGCUUGUAAACAAGUUGUGAGUGUUGAAACAACUAGAGAUAUAGAAUGGGCCACUUACACCUGUACUUUAGGAUUCCAUGUUUUUGGUGUAUGGCCUGAAGGUUCUGAUGGAACAGAUAUCAACGCUGUCUGUCGAUCACAUGGGAGAAAACUGCUAUCAACAGGGGAUGAUUUUGGCAAAGUACAUCUCUUCUCAUAUCCAUGCUCACAGUUUAGGGCUCCAAGCCAUGUGUACGGUGGCCACAGUAGUCAUGUAACUAAUGUAGAUUUUCUCUGUGAAGACACCCACCUCAUCUCCACGGGCGGCAAAGAUACAAGUAUUAUGCAGUGGCGAGUCAUUUAAAGGAAACAUCAGUGUGAACUUACCCAGCUGAGUCAACCAUGCACAGAACUUAUGUAUAAACUGUAUAUUUAAAACUUAACAGUAUGUUUGCAGUUUAGCCUGGUCACUGUGAUUUUUGUUUAAAAAAAAAAAAAAAAAAAGAAAUUCUUACAAACCUCAGGAAAAUGAAGCCCUGUGCUGGUUACCUUAUUCAGUCUAGUGAUUUUUUUUUCUUUUC